AUGAGCUCAACCGAGGCUCGUCAACGCAAGCCUCCCACGGCGGAAGCGACCGAGCUUCAAAAACAUACCACCAAACCCCCCACCGAUCCACGUCUAAAGCAUGGCAUUGCUAUGCAGAUCCUCCGGUCACUCCUGCUGGCAACAUGGUUUGACUGCUGCAUUAUUAUCAUCUUUGUAACUCAGCUCAUCGGCUGUCCUCUAUACUUCAUCAACAAACAAUGGUACUACUUGUAUAUGGCAUACACAAAACAAAAUUUCGGGCUGGUGAUCACGGCCCUUACAGAAUGGGGUAGCCCAACACUAUUCCGAGUCAGCGGAGAUGAAACCGUUCGGGGGCAACUGCAUCUGUCUGAAGAUGGCAUGCUGCAGGCUGAUUUCCCAGAGCGCUUAGUCUUGAUCGCCAAUCACCAGAUCUACACCGACUGGGUUUAUCUUUGGUGGUUCGCCUAUACCAAUGUCAUGCAUGGUCGGAUCUUCAUCAUCCUCAAAGAUUCAUUGAAGAGGAUCCCUGUGGUAGGCCAAGGAAUGAUGUUUUAUGGUUUCAUCUUCCUAGCACGAAAAUGGCUCUCGGACAAAGCUCGCAUUGAAUACCGGCUUCAAAAACUGAAGACCAAGUAUAUGGGCAACAAGUCAAAAGACUCCCAAUAUGACCCUAUGUGGCUGUUGAUUUUCCCAGAGGGAACUAACCUCUCUAUCAACACUAAGCGGCGGAGCGAUGCAUUUGGAGAGAAGCAGGGCCUCCCAUCCUUCAAUCACCAGAUCUUGCCCCGAUCCACGGGGCUGUUUUUCUGUCUACAACAGCUACGGGGAACUGUGGAAUGGGUAUAUGAUAGCACUAUUGCCUAUGAGGGACCUCCAAAGGGAGUGUACCCAGAUAAGUACUUCACUCUUCGAUCUACAUAUCUGCAAGGGCGACCACCAACCUCCGUGAACAUGCACUGGCGCCGCUUUGCUGUUGCAGAUAUCCCCCUAGAUGAUGCUAAGGAAUUUGAAGAAUGGCUGCGAGCUCGAUGGGCCGAGAAGGACCGACUCUUGGAUCAUUACUGGGAAACGGGUCGAUUCCCCUCGGACUUGGCCGGCUCGAUUGAAGCUAAGAAUGCCACGACCGAGCAGAAAGUGGCUGUCGAUGCUGGAUAUGUUGAAUCCUAUGUUCGUUUACAUCAUUGGAUUGAACUUGGUCAGAUUUUUGCUGCCUUGGUUGGUUUAGCGGUAGUGUGUAAAGUGGUUUGCAGCUGGUUUCAUUGA